AUGUUUUAUCCGAGCAACGUACAAGAUGAACAGCAGACCCCAACCCCCGUUGCGCGCCCUCGGGGACCGAAAACGCGUGGGUCAUAUUCAAGCAAGUCACGGCCUGCGAUGAUCACGACACACUCCCAAAUGGAGAUAUCCAAGUCCAUGGCGAUCUCAAGUCCCGAAGCCAGUACCGACGACGGGCCUCCUGUCAACUGGUGGGAACAACCACGCGGACGCCAGCGACCAUCUCCCAUCCCCAUUCCCAUUCCCGACACUACCCCCAAGCCCACUAUGCUCGAUCUCGACACCAGAAACAGUGGCAUUGGACUGGGUUUGCCACCCCAUAUGCGCUCGUUCUCCCCUGCGCCACCCAUGUCUGCCGCCUCGGACGGCCCGGCCUCUCCCGCCGCACUCUUCCUUUCUGCCUUUUCGUCUCCGGCCCCGAGCGUACGUUCCCCUUCGCCCCUGCCUUCGGUCAUCUCCCCGGCAAUGGCCAUGUUCCACUCUCCACCGCCUGUACCCACUCAUGCUACAGUUGCCUCUCCCACCAGUUGCCUCAUCGACCAGGGAGUGUCCGUGGGAGGUUAUGUGCUUGGCCCCGUCAUUGGCCACGGUGGAUUCUCGACUAUCCGAACAGCCACCUCGCCAACUACCGCCGGAGUGGUAGCCGUGAAAAUUGUGUCUGUGAAGCCCAAGCUUCCUGCCCCUGUCCCCACAGACGCACCACGAGGCCGGCUCGGUAACCGAGCAGCAACCUUCGGCCGAGCGGCCACCACCACCGUACGUGGCCGGACUCCCGACGCUUCCUCGGACAACGACGGCCGGCCCAUCGCGGAAGAAGCGGCGCUCUGGAGCACUCUAUCGCAUGAGCACAUCCUCCCUCUCUUCUCAGCAGAAGAAUCCGACUCUCUUGGCGCAUGGUUCUUAUUCACCCUCUAUUGUCCCGCAGGGACCCUACUUGAUUUACUCAAACGGGACGGUCAGAUUAUUACUCCAUCGGCGCAAAACACCCCUUCCAAGCGUCGUCCCAGCUUCGCAUCUUCCUUUUCACCCGUCAACUCCAUUUCGCGAGGCAGAUCUGGCUCCAUCACCCAGCCUCAGCCUCAACGUGGAGGCCUGCUCCCCGAAACAGCGGCUACCCUUUUCAGGCAGGUCGUUCGAGGCCUUCGAUACCUCCAUGAAGUCGCGCGUGUGGUCCAUCGUGACAUUAAACUCGAAAACGUGCUGGUCGAUGAGAAUGGCGGUGCACGCAUCACGGACUUUGGACUUGCCGUUCAGCUUGACGAAGAACCCGUCCGUUCGAGCAUUGAACGUUCCCGCUCCCGAGUUAGUGCCGAGCGAACUCGACGCUCCGUCUCCCGACACCGGACAUUUUCCACCUAUGCUCCACCGGGCCAUGGGCACGCCCCACCUUCUUACGGCCUUGGCCGCGCAAAUUCAGUCUCGGUCACAAGUACCACCCCUCCGACCGCAAAAAACAAAUUCCCACCGGGUAGUUUACCCUACGCCGCUCCCGAACUUCUCAAGCCUUCUCGAUCCCGGUCACGCGAACGUUCUAAUGACAGCGACAAGCCCAAUCCGGCACAAGACAUCUGGGCUCUCGGAUGCGUCCUCCACGCAUUGUUCACAGGCAAGCUGCCAUUCUCCGAUGCGUUUGAACCUCGGUUGCAGAUGAAGAUUGUGAGGGGUAUUUGGGAUGAGGGGGUGGUCAAUCUCAUCCCUAAUUCGUCUACCUUGAUCGAAACCCUCCGGGGUUGCCUGAGCGUCGAUCUUGCCGAGCGAUGGUCGAUCGCUAUGGUGGAUGAGUACGCUUGGGCUAUUGGUAUCGCAGAUGAGGAGGCUGAGAGAGAGGCAAUGAGGGCUCAGAGGGGGAGGUCGGUUGGAAGAGGGCGCAGGGGGUUGAGUGCUAUUAGAGAUCGGGAUGGGGCAAAGGAUGAUGAUACGGGGAGUGUACAGGGUGGUGGUUUGGCGAGUAGCUACAGCCCAUCCAACAGGAGUGUGAGCAGGUCCAGACCGAGUGCGAGUGAUAAUGUCCGGCCUACUCGUCUUCCGUCCUUGACGCGACAACCUUCUUUGUCUCCUUUCGAUGCUCGUGUCCGUCAAUCUACUUCACCAAGUCGUUCUUCACUAUCGCCUCACGAUUCGGUCAGUCCCGCACUCACCCGCCAGCCAUCUUCACCGAGCCGACAUGCGUCGCCCGCUCGUCCAAGUAUGAUUCCUCGCCCGAUGGUAUUGGCUAAACAGUCUCCGCUGGCAAGCGGAGAUGCUACUCCCACCCUCACUAACAAGCAGCUCUCGGCUCCGGGUUGCCUCGCGGCUCCCGCGAGCACGUUGGAAAUUCUCGACAGUGCCUCGAGCACGCCUGUCCCCGUUCAUCGGGAUGGUGAAUCCAGCGCCGUGUCGCUCUUUCCUCGCUCUCGUCCAUCCCGCAGCUCCAUACUGCGCGCUCGUUCAUCUUCGGUCCCCGUUGGCGACCAGAGGUACGUCGUCGAGAGGACCGGGAGGGCACCGUCCACGGACCGACUGUCCGUCGGGCGUAACUCGUCGACUGGAAGGGGCAGAUCACCGAGAGAAUCGGUCGACGUCUUCUCGGGCUCCUUCUCUUCCUCCGAACGCGCCGAGCUCCGUCCCUGGUCGCGCGCUCUCGUCCGAACGAUUCUCUGCCAAAACCGCCCUCCUGUCGAUAUCAUACAAAGCGGCAGCCCAUCAAGCUCUGGGCCUCGUACGCCCGAAGAGGUACCCCCACAGCGAGGCAGACUGGCCAGUCGACUGGAAGUCGUGGAUGAAGGAGACCAUCAUCAUGUCUGGGGAGGAGUUGAAGUUCAAGGAUACCCGACGAGCAAACCCGAUGCUUGA